CUGUUGUGCAGCACUGCCAAAGGGGUUGUGCUUGCUGGGCUGCACUACGUUUCUGUUGAACUAAAAUUAAACCCGUAUUCUCUAGUGACAAAGUGAUAAAUUACAAUGUCUUUAAUACAUAUUUCUUUUCACUUCUGUAAAGUAACCAUCAUUAAUAAGCUCUUUUUAAAUAAGUUUACACUUUUACUUUAAGUAAGUUGUCAGUUCCCGCGCUCCAGAUUCAAACGUAACGCAUAAGCCGGCGCAUUCAAAGCGAGUUGGCAUGGCUUGCGCGUCCAUUGCAAAAAAAAAUUCCUGCACAGAGUUUUCGCUACAAUUAACUUUGGGAAGCUCGUAAUGUAGGCUGAACAAACAGUGUUUGGUGGUGGUAAAGUGUUAGAGAAAUCUUAGAAAAGUUUGUGGGUGCUGUGGUACGUGUAUUUGCAGUGUCAUAUAUUUCCAAUACCUGCGGCUUGUCAAAGUGUUCGCUUCGGUAUUCGUUUUCCCCGCACCCAAGCCGCAUUUGCGACGCCGCUUGGAAAAUGUCGCUGGAUGGCGCCAGGUUGCGCUACGAGGACGAAAAUGGUGGAACCGUGGUUCUGGCAGCCAAGGGGCGCACCUUCCAGGUGGGCUCCUACUACAAUUGCGACCUCAUCCUGGAGGGGCCGGAGGAGGAGCGCCUAAUAUGCGAGAUAAAAUGCGACGCCUUCGGCAGGGUCAUCAUAUACAACAAGUCCAGCGGAGACCUCAUUCAUCUCAACGACGCGGCCAUCCAUGCUGCAGGCAAACGUCCUUUGCUACACGGUGGCAAGAUUACCAUUCGAGACAAGGUCUACACCUGGGAGUUCCCCAAGUCCUCCGAGGUACAGGAUGCGCCAUGCACCCCGGAGCGCAUGGUGCCCAACGAACAGGCCUCCAACUCCUGCCCUUCAUUGAAGCAAUCGCAUCGUCUACAAGCCGAAAAACGCCUGACAGUUCACAAUUUUCACUAUAGCAUUAAUUCGGACGACGAAGGAAAUACUUCUAUAGAGUCUCGUGAUCAGAGUGGAACCCACUUGGAUGAGGACUGCCUAAAUGAAUCCAUUCCACCCAGUACAGAGAAGACACCUUGCGAGUCCCCCAAAGUAAAUCUUCUGGAGGCUACGCAGAAUAAGGAGAACACCGCAACGCCACCAAGUAGCCAUCAGAAGCUACUUAAGCUAUGCGCCAUCUCCGACGUGGUGAUCACCUCUUUCUCGCCGCGCGAGACCGGCGUUAAGAUCGAGAAAUCUUUUACAUGUGUGCGAAAACCGGGCUACACCACGACGUCUUUGGCUGUUUCCACGCCCAAGAGCGUAUACAGCACCCCCAAGGGCAGUGUGCUCUCGGAACUGAACGAAGACAGUUGCAGCCGAGAUCUGAUGGACUUCAACACGCCAUCUACCUCAAAGAAAACCAAGCGGGAGUCGUCCAUGUUUCUAAUCGACCUGACCACCCCAUCAAAGCUACGACAAACACCCAAACAGACGCCUGCAUUUAAACACAUACCCAAACAGACGCCCAUCAGUGUAGACAGCACCGACGAAUCAUCAGAUGCCUCCCCGUUUGUUAUUGACAUUACUAACUCUGAUACACCGCCAUCACCAAGUCCAUCGCACCGGUAUAAAACUCCGCAGCGUCAGGCUGGCAUCACAGGUGGCACACCCAAAAGAACGCCCCAGUCCCUGAUUAAACGGGCGCUGCUUACCAGCACUAAGAAGCAGAUCGCCGCCAACCAGCCAGAUAAGACCACCCCCAUAGUCACCCCUAAGCGGCCUUCUCUUCUCGAGGCUCGACGCCACUGCCUGACUACGCCUCGGCGUUUGCCAUUCCAUCCACAGCGGCGCACACCAGUCCAGCGAGAAGGACAGGCGAGAAGUAACCCACCCAAGUCCUCUCCACGCAAUCGGAUAUCCCUAAUGGAAUCUCCCAGGGAGAACAAGGUCUCACAGCUCAGAAAGACGUUUGCGGCGGCCAAGCGUAGUCCCGGCGUUGACAAAAGCAACAAGCUCGUAGCCAAGGCACGUCGUUCGCUUAACUCGCCGAAAGGCGGUUCCCCUAGGCCUGGAUCAUCCAAGCCGUCAUCGCCAUGUUCAAGAAAACCGAUCGAUGGGUCCCAGAUCAACAGCUCCACUCCGGAAAAACCUGAUGAUUCAAAGGACGAGCUGAGCCGCACGUUCACUAUAAUGGAUGAUUCCCAAGGAAAGGAUCAGAGUGGGGCAGUGUUGGCAAUCGAAGCCGUGACUGCUCUUAUAACUGAAGAAGAAGAUGAUGUAACAGGAGCAUUUCAGCUGAGUUCGCUGAUUGAUAAGGGUUUUCCGUCAGUGAGCUCAAAGGAUCCUUUACCUAUCCAAGAUCCAGUUGAAUUAAUCGAGCCAGAAAACGACGCGGAAGGCAAGAUAAAAUCUUCACAGCAAUAUGUGAGUCCUAAGCCAGAUGGGGUCAUAAUCGAAGAGAAUAAACGUGAACUAAAGUCUAUUGUCAAAAAAAAGGAAUUAGAAAGUGGCACAAAACAAGAGAAUUGUAAACAAAAAGAUUCUGAUCUUCAAGAUGAGCAAGAAAUCAUAACAUCGUCCAUUCCAGUCGAGAGACAACUUGAGGAUGCUGUUAUUGAGGAUAACAUUUGCGAAGAGGUUCAUGCGAAUAUUCCUCAACUAACUCAAAAUGCUGAUUCUGAGAAAAUAAUCGAGGAAAAUAUUUGCGAAGAGCUGCCAUUUGAGAAUAGAUCGACUGGUAUUUCAAAUUUAAUUGGAGAGACAUCUCAAAAAAUGGACGAACGUACUCCAAAUGCAGAUACCCCCAUGGUUCGUAGAAGCUUGCGCCGACUUUCUGUUGAACAGAGGGCAGCGGCCACAACGCCACAGAGAAGCACUCGGCGAUCCUCGUUGGAAUCCCGCAGUAAGGUGUUACCGGAGAAGGACAACAAGCGUUCACGCCGUGCUUCAUGUUCAGCGAUGAACAGUCAAGACGUGGUAACUCCCCGGCGCAAGCGUCGAUUUACGCAAGAAAUGGCCACACCAACGCGCCAAUCGAUGCGUCUUUUGAAAACACCAAAGGGGGCACUUCAGGUGGAUGAAUCUGUUGGCGACAUGGGAGUCAUAUUGGAAGAAGUUGGUCCCGAAGAUGAUAAUAAGUCUGCUGCCGCUGACGACGAAAAUUAUGGCAACGAACUGCCAGUUGAUGAUAUCGACAAGGUAGACUACCACGGACUAAGAGAUUUAUUGAAAACACCAAAAAGCUGCAGCACACCUCGCUUUAAAGGGCUGAGAGAAAUGAUGCAAACGCCGAAAAUUCCUGCCUCACCAAUUUUAGGAAACAUGGCAGAACUAUUAGAAACCUCUGUUGGUAGGACACCUUACCACGAGAGGAGGAGCACUGCAGUAGCUCGCAUGGAGCAAGGAAAGCCACUAGACAAUGUUCUGAAGACGCCCAGCGCCAGGAAUAUCAUGGUGCCAAAUGAACCAGCUAGCGCAGUGUUAAAGUCUCGCGAGGAUUCCUUGGGGGCAACCACAGAAUACGAUUUGAACAUGACGAACAACACAUUGCAUUUGGACAAGAUUUUCGAUGACGUACCCGAAACGACUGGGGCCCAUAUGGAAGACACGGAAACGGAGAUAAAUGUGACAGCGAUCAGCACAGCGACAGGAGUUGAUCCUUUGGGUUCGUCAAAUAGGAAUGAAACCGUGACAUCAGAGGCGCUAAUGAGUGUCGGUCAGACAGCCACAACGAGCGCUUCCCUAAAGGAUCCUCUGACCAGCACCACUUACAAAGCUACCAUGCAAGCCAAUCCCAAUCUUAGCGCCUUUGCAGAAUGUGGCUCCAGGUCUUUUUCGCCCAAUCCGAACGAAAUGAGUGGAAUUCAGUUGUUAGACCAGACGUCGGACUCAAUUUUCUCCGAGGCGCUAGUAGUAUCGGGCGUGGAGUCGUGCGAAGUCACUGUGGAUGAGACGAGGCCUUUAGGCCAGACCAAACCACCUACUGAUAACAUUGAGGAUCGCUCAGAUACAGACUCAAAUGUUGGCCUUACUGAGCCCCUGGUAUUAAGUGAUGAUGAGGAGCCAAAGGAAUCGGAAGCAACUCCCAAAAAAACUGACAGUGUUCAGGAACCCUCUAUAGUCUACAAGCUUGAAGAAUCUGUCAAUCUGGAGGAAAACAAAACUGGCAAUGAACACGAUGCGGGUACUAUUAGUGAAAUUUCACUGAUUGAAGUGGAAGAUACCACAAUUGAGGAAGGUACUUGCGACCAAUAUCUCGAAGGUGACAAACUCCAAGAAAAGAAAACUCUAGAUAUGGAAUCAGCUAAUUCUGAGAAUACGGAAUCACCCCUUGAUGAAUGUAUUGAAUCUGCAGUGGUAGAAUUGUCGAUCCUAGAGUCAGAGGUAUUUCCGUUAGAAACAACCGCGGAUAGUUCGAUCAAUUCAACUUAUGUUCUUAACAGCAGUCUGGAAAAAACUAUACCUGACCAUGAUCUUAAACAAGAUUGCGAGUCCACAAACGAUGCCCAAGUAACUGCAAUUACUGCUGAAAAAUCUACCACUAACUUAGAUCUAUCAGUUGUCAAAGUAUCACCUUCUAAUGACUGUGAGGUGAAUAUUGAUGAUCCACCAAUGGAAAUAUCGCCUAAAGAACUUGAAGAAGAGAAAAAAUCUGGUGUUGAGCACACCGACGAUGAGACCUCAAAACCACCUGUUGAGCGCUCUGAAGAACUUUCCGAAGAAAGCAAAACAGAUAAGGUUUCGACUGCUGCAGAAUCUGAUAAACCAGUUACAGAAACUUUGCCCACCCAAAAAGAUACCCAAACACCAGCAGAAUCUAAGCAAACAUUCACUGAAUCACAUUCCGAUGAACUUGUACAAGAAACCAACCCUAAUGAGGUUUCCAUUGAUGGUGAAGUCAUUCAACCAGCCAUUGAUACUUUGCCUUUCGUGGAACAAGAGCAAGAACCUGAUGUUUCCACCGAUGCAGAAUGUAAUCAACAUUGCAUUAAAAGUUCGCUUCUCAACGAACUUUCAGAGAAAAAUCAAACUGAUGAGGUACACUCUUUAGUUAAUACUGAACAAGAAGUUAAACCACAUCCCGUCAAAGAGGUUUCAAAAGAAACCAAAAGUGAUGCUCCUAUCCAAGCUGUCAUCGAAACAUAUCUUAUCGAGGAACUUCAAGAAGAAGUUAAACCUGAUGAAGCGCCGACUGUAAGUGACAGUCCUAUUAAACCAUUCAUUGAAUCGAAAGCUGAUAAUAAUACCAUUAAACCAAUAAUCGAAACUUCACCAGAAAGAGCACCUCCAGAAGAAGAAUGUCCUGAUGAAGUGCCUUCUGUUAGUGAAAAUGAUGAAGCUGCCGAAAAAUUGUCUGUGGACAACCCUAUCGAUGAAACGAGUAAACCAACCAUCGAAGUGCCUGAUUUAAGUGAAACUGAUCAACUAAUCAUUGAAAAAUCACCAGCCGAAGAACUGCCUGUGAAAGCGAAACCUGAUGAAACUAUUCAGCCAAUCAUCGAAACAUCACCCGGCGAUGAGGACCAAAUAGAAGCAAGUCCUGAAGAGGUUUCAUGUGCUAGUGAAAUGGAUAAUGUAGUUGUGGAAACUUAUCCUCAAACAGAUGAGCUAAUUCCUCCGGAUGAAAUUAGAGUCUGCGGACCGGUAGACAUGUGUGAUACUAGCAUCCGUAAAACCAUGGAUGAGGUCUCUGAUAUUGAUCGAGUUAAAAUUCAGGAUCACAGUACUCAAAACUUAUCUUUAAAUUCAUCCUCUGACGUUCCAUGCGUAAGUAAAGCGGAAGAAUCUUUAAACAAUUCCACUGCAGCAUUUGAGAUCAAACAUUCUGAAGAUGUAGUGCAUGCGAAGACUUCUAUAGACGCAGAUAUUUCCGAGAAAAUUAAAGAAAGGGAAAAAGUGGCAACAGUGCCUAAUGACGUCGGUUAUGCUAAUCAAUCUGCUAUAGAGUGCGAACUUGCUAAUGUAAUCUCAUCGGACGGCGAUGCUAGCAAAGCUUUUUCAAUAGAUACAGACGAAUUAGAACUAUCAACCAAUUCAUCUAAAAUUCCGCAAAGCUGCACACAGGAUUCUCCCAAGACUUCUCUCUGUGUGACGUCAACAUCACAGGAUGAAAGCGCUCAAAAUGAUGAACUGGAUGAAAACGAUCACGUUGAAGAACACGUCGCAUUGGAGGUAUCAUCAAAUGAAAAUAUGGCUACUGACAAAGAGAGCGCUGAGAAAUUAAAAAAAAACAUACCUGACGAUGUCUUGAGCGUAGUUGAACAAACUUCAUCUCCAACAGAUCAGAAUAAAGAGGUUUCUCUUGUGGUGGAACCCGAAGCUGUUGUUGCAGAGGAAUCCGAAGCUGUUGUUGCAGAGGAAUCUGAAGUUGUUGUUGCAGGGGAAUCUGAAGCUGUUGUUGCAGAGGAAUCUAAGGAAUGCCAAGUUAAUAGGGCUUCUAAAACAGAGGUGAUUCAUUUAGAUGCCUCCACCAUUGUUGAGCUAGAUACACUAGAUGAAAUUACAUCAGUUGGAGAGGAUUUAGAUCAAUCCACAGAAAUUUCUAUGACUGUAGAAUUAUCUGAUGUCGACAAAAUAAAAGAAGUUGACACGAUGGACAAAGACGCUUCCACUGAAUGUACUUCUAAAAAGCAUUCUAAUCAAGAGGGCAAUGAUGAUGAAGUUAUUAUAUUGGAUACCUCAAGCUUAGAUGAAACACAGACAGAUAUGGAGAUUGACAGAAAGGAAGCAGAGAAAUGUAAUCAAAACCAAUCUGACGGAGAGGUGAUUUCGUUAGAUACGUCAAGCAUUGUUGAGCAAUGUCCACCUAAUGCAGAUUCGUUAAUUCAAGAUCCAAUCGAUGAUACUAUUCCAGAGGGUAUCUUAAUACAAGCCAAUGAUGCAAAAGAAUGUGUGUCUGAAGAGUCAUCUAACCUAAACGGAGUCGAAAAUAAGGUUAUUCAGUUGGAUUCCUCGAGUAUAGUUCAACAGUCUGUAUGCGAUGCAAGUUCUCUUGGUGAGGAUUCUGUCACUGAACCAGCAAAUAAUAUUUCUAUUACAGCUGAAACGUCCGCCGAAAAAGAAAUCUGCCCUAAGAUUUUAAGUUUAAAUACUGCACCAUCUUCACCACACCAUUUGGAGUCACAAAAAAGUGAGCUACAAAUAAAUCAGAUGGAACACCCCCCAGGGGAUACCACAUCUGCAUCAGCAAUAAGACAAAAACCAAGCCCCAAUGGCGAACUUCUUAAUGUUGCUAUUUCAAAAAUGGAAGACAAGCCUAAGGACGUGUCUUAUGCAAUGGCAGAUGCAAAAGAAGCUCCAACUGAAGGAGAGGAUGCUGUAAUGCAAGAAAGUGGCAUUUUGAUAACGUCAUCACAGACGGAUGAAUUAGACCUGCAUAAAUCGCUUUCUCAAACCGAGAACGUAUUGAGCGAGGAUGUUCAAAGUGCUGAAGAUGGCGACGAAGUAGAAGAGGUUGAAAUUGUUGUUCGCGCUGCAGAACAGCAGGCACAGCCUGGUGACCCAGCUAAUUCAAGCUCUAUAGGCCAGGGACUAGAAUCAAGGGCUGUCGAAGCCACUUUCGUUAUACCUCACGAAGAUCCCGCUGCCGUUGAGCAAAUAGAAUCUAUUACUUCUUCUGCUGCACUUUUAGCAACGGAGCCACAAGUUGUGGUCACUAUUGAAGAAUUUGCCGCCGUCAAAAAAACAAGUGAUGGUGAAGACGCUACGAAUAAUUUGCAAGAAGGCAAUAUACCCAUCGAACCAGAUACUAUUCAAGAACAAGAAGUCGGAACUCAUACCGCACCAGUAUUUGAAGAUAUAUCUGCCCUAGCAAAAACAGAGUCCACUUCUGCAGGGGGCUCUGAUCAGGAAGUGUUAGCCUUUAAAGAUGAUUCUGGGCUCAUGCAGCCCAAUGCUGAGGAUAAACCAUCUGCGGAGCCUAUCCACAGUACUUCAACAGAUUCGAAAAGUAAAGAGCGACCCGAUGUUAUAGAUAAUGAAGUAGAGAUCCCUACUUCCGAACCAACAAUAUCCCCCGAGCAAGCGGAGAUGUCCCUAAAGCCUUCAAAUCAGGAAGAAAAUUCACCGCAUGAAGAAGAAUCUAAGCCUGAAAGGAGAGUGACUAGGAAGGGAUCGGCUUCCGCUGAUAGAGCUCCUGACCUCGAGCGUCCGAAGAGAGUGGCGAGAAAACCGUCUGCUGAAGCUUUGGAAAUAGAAGACCGUCCAAGGGAUGCUAAGGAAGAUGGUGAUCUCAGCAUUAAAUCUAGGGGUCGAGCUAGAAAACCGUCAUCGGAUGUAAAUGAGGACAAAACGGAAGGUAUUAUAGAGAAAAGAAGAGGACGAAUACGUACUCCAUCAGUAGAAGUUCCUGAAGCUACAGCAAAUGUCGAACCGAAAGAAAACGAAGACGACCUUAAAUCUGAAGAAGCCCUUCAACCUAUCCUAGAAGAAGAACCAGAGCCAGAAGUUGAGGAAAGGAUCGAGUCAAAUAAAGAACUCGAGAUCAUUAUAGACAAACCCAAAAAACGAUUACGGAAGGCAUCUUCGAAGGAAUCGGAUACUCUAUUGGAUAAUAUAGAAGAGGUUAAUUCGGAUCUGGAUGUUGUUAACGAAGCUGGAAGAACUCGUUCGAAUAAUACCGAGCAAGGAGAUGGUAAAAAGCAUUUUGUUUUGACAGCUAAGUCAGAGGUGGAAGCCGAUUUAGAAGGUGAGAGGGAUGGGCAGGAUACCAACCAGAAACAUACCACUAAGGAGCGACCCAAAAGACACAGGAGAAAUGCAUCUGCUAAUGAAACGGACACCGCAUCCGAGAGAACAGAAAAUGCUGAAGAUCAUUUGGAGGCCAUUAAUGAAGAUGGAAUCAAGAUCAAUACAGAGCUGGAGCCUCAAGUGUCUAUGACAGUUUUGUCAAAUACAAGCAAUGAAGGAGAGAAACUAAAAACAGAAGUUAUAGAAGAUGAAGAGCUAAAGCCAAAACGCCGAGUGCGGAAGGCAUCUGCAAAAGAAACGAACACGAAGACGACACGACAAAAGACUGAAGAUAUUUUAGCAGCAGUAAUAGAAGUGGAAUCUUCACUGUCCAGUAAAAACAAUUCGAGUCUCUCGGAACCAAAGGGGCAACAAGUGCCUGCACCAGAGCCAGAUCCAGAUAAUGUGCCAAAUGUCUCAUCGGAAAACAAGGUGCGUCAGGAAUCAACGGAGGACAUAAGCAACGUUCCAGACAAACGGCAUAAACUUGAAAGCCUGCAUUCUAUUGAAAAGCAGGACGAUGUGUCUAAGGAAACAGCUAAAACUCGCCCGGAGAGACCAAAGCGAAGAGCUCGUAAGCCUUCAGACGAUAUAGUAGAAUCCAGCGCACCAAAUGAUGCACACAAUCCCGAAAUGGAGAAGGCUUUGGCUUACGUCCAAGAGGAUCACACAAAUCUAGCUGAUCAAGAUAUACCGAAAAAACGAGCGCGAAAGUCAGCUGAACUUAAGCUUGCAAAUGUAGAGGAGCAUGCCAAGGAACAUCACGUAGAAAGACCAAAGCGUAAGGUACGCAAGCCUUCUGUAGACAUUGAUCAUGUCACCCAAGAUGUUUUGGAAAAACCGAAACGGAGGGGUAAAACGCCAGCAGAGCAUGAAACUCACCCUCUGGGCGAUAAAAAGCAGGAGCCAUCUGUGCCAGUUGUCGAGCCUGCGAAAAAAACCAGGCGCAAUGCACGCAAAGCUUCUGCCGAAACUGUUGAAGCUCUUGCAAAUAGCGGGGAAGAUCAUCUUAAGCAAAUCGACAAGGCAACCGAACCAGUCACAGAAUCAGAACCGGCAUCAUCUGAACCAAUUCCAAAGGAGGGCGAGGAGCCCAAGACCAGGCGUCGCGGUCGUAAGCCAACUGUGGAGACGGAUGAGGGGCCGAUCAAAACCACACCAACAGAGGAACCAGUUGCGCUUCCUCCUCAUUCACGCAGACGUGGACGGAAAGCCACCGAGGAUGAAGCCUUAACAACUGCAGAUCUGACUGAGCCGAAAACAAAGCUUCGUGUACGCAGGGUGUCCUUGGAGCCAGAGCAUAAGGAAGAGACCCCAGCAGGGUCCCACCAGAGUUCCGAGGUCGUGGAACUGCCAGCGGCCAAGACAACGCGCCGCGGAAGAAAGCCAAGUGCUGAUAUAGAAGCGACCUCACCGGAGAAGAAACCAGCAUCUCGACGAGUCCUCAAGGCAUCAGCAAGUGUCGAUGAGGAACCGCAAGCGGCCAAUAAAACGGCAAUUCGUCGCGCUCGUAAAAACGAGGCUCAUGAGGACGAGGAAGUAAAACAGAUCGACAUGCAGAACUUGCCUACCGAAAUAGUUUUGGCGACCGUGGUCACAUCGGGUUGCCCAUUGAAGGCUGCCGAUGAAGAAGAGCUUACUCCACGCCGCCGAGAGGGCCGUAACCUGCCACGUAAAAACUACGAGGAGGCACCAGACGAUGAUAAGCCGCACUCAGGAUUGCGGCGGGCACGCAAGCCAGCGGCAAGCAAGGCCCUGGCCAACAAGGCGUCAGAGCCAGAUUCAGUUACAGCUACGCCCGUAACCAAACAAGCAUCCGUGAAAGCAGAAGCUACACCCGACAACACAGUUUCUCUUCCGGAGCCCACUACCUCGCAGCGACGCGAAGGACGAAACCUGCCGCGCAAGAACUACACGGAGGCGCCGGACGACGACAAGCCUACACCGGCUCGUAGUCGCCGUGUACGUAACCUGACUGCAAAGGCCCUGGAAUUAAUUGUGGACUCUUCGCCGCGUCCGGCGACUCCGAAAAGGCCGAAGGGCAAGCCAGUCGACGGUGAGGAGCCACCCGCAAAAAAGGCCACCCCAGAGAUUCCAUCGACAACAGAAACGCCCGGAACGGAGGAGGAGCCGUUGCCAGCAACUAAAGGGCGCGGUACUCGUCGAAAAGCCGACCACAGCGAUUUGGAGGAGCCGGAUGUCAAAACGGCCAAAAAGAACGUACGCGGCGCGGGACGUAAAACCAAAGUCGAGACGGAAACGGAGGAGCAACCACCCAUCAAGAAGCCGCGGGGCGGAUCACGUGCCAAAACACCUUCGGAGGAGGCUGUCGUUAUUCAGGAGCAGGAACCGGUGAAGAAGCUUGCCGCUCGCAGUCGGGCUAAAGGUGCCAAGGCAGUAGAGCCGGAGCAGGCCGCCGAGGAUUCCCAAGUCGAGGUCACCUCAGUCAAGUCGGCGGCGCCAGCUCGGGGUGGACGAGGCCGUAAGGUGCACUUCGAGGCGGCGCCGGAGACUGCUGCUAGUGAGAGUGCGCCAUCAUCACAGCGCGCAACUCGAUCACGACGAAAGUAAAAUCACAUCUAUUUAUUUAUAAGCUUGAAACUACUCUGUAUAAUUUUUUUAGUUAUUUUUUAAUCUGAACUACUUCAAUUUACGUUAACUUGUGUAAAAAAAAUGUUCAUUUAUGUAUCAAUUAAUGAAGGCAUGUUAAUUUUUAAUUUCUCUUGUUAAUCCCCUAUUUCGGUGGGAUAUCGUUGGGAUGGCUCCGCUCGCUCAGAAACAAAAACUAACCUUAAUAGAUUUAAGGCAUUAACAAAUAUUAAUACAUAUAUAUAUAUAUAGUUUAUAUCUUAAGACAUUAUCAAAACUCCCCAAAAAUAAUAAAGAUUCGUAAACCAA